UCCAUCUAGAUCGUCAUUGUUGCCUGGCGAUCAUGAGCAUUGUCGAGAAGAUCAAGGCGAGGCUGCAGCGGCGGCGGAGAUGCAGGGCCAGCUCGUCCAUCUUUGCCAGAUCUGUGAGCUUGAGCACGUCCUCAUGCCGCUCCAGCUCACACGGUUCCUUCUCGUAUAGCUCCUCCGGCACCUGGGAUUGCAGCGACUGGAAUGGAUCCAGCAGCGACGAUGAAGAUCACAACGGGUCCUCCUGCGCUGCUGCUCCAGACGAUGUUCCGGAGGGAUACUUGGCGGUGUACGUCGGGGAGGAGAGGCGGCGGUGCGUGAUGAGCGCUCGGCAUCUAAGCCACCCCUGGUUCAAGGCGCUGCUCGAGAAAGCUGCCGAGGAGUUUGGAUUCGAUCACAAGGAAGGCCUCAGAUUGCCGUGUGACGUGGUGGCAUUCAAGCUCAUGGUAGAAAAGCUCGACAAAGAGAGCGAAAGAAGAUUGAUCAGAGAGUGACUCCAAGUGGAAGAGAGCACGGAUGAUCUACCUGUAAAAGAGAAGUGUACCAUCUUAGAGCUUGACAAAACUAGAGGAAUGAAGAAACUCUUAAUCUA